CACGUGGGUGGAGCUGGCGCGCAGGUCGCAUGGGGGAGUCUAUCCCGCUAGCCGCCCCGGUGCCGGUGGAACAGGCGGUGCUGGAGACGUUCUUCUCUCACCUGGGCAUCUUCUCUUACGACAAGGCCAAGGACAAUGUGGAGAAGGAACGAGAGGCCAACAAGAGCGCGGGGGGCAGCUGGCUGUCGCUGCUGGCGGCCUUGGCGCAUCUGGCCGCGGCCGAGAAGGUCUAUCACAGCCUCACCUACCUGGGGCAGAAACUAGGGGGCCAGUCGUUCUUCAGCAGGAAGGACUCCAUCCGCACCAUCUACACGUCCCUGCAUAACGAACUGAAGAAGGUGGCCACAGGCCGAGGUGCCCCGGGUGGAACUGCUCCUCAUGUGGAGGAGCUGCUGCCCCACCUGUCAGAGCAGCUCUGUUUCUUUGUUCAGGCCCGGAUGGAGAUCGCAGACUUCUAUGAGAAGAUGUACACCCUCAGCACGCAGAAGUUCAUCAACACGGAAGAGCUGGUCGGCAUUUUGGAUACUAUCCUCAAGAAAUACAGCUCCAGAUUUCACCACCCUAUCCUUAGCCCUCUGGAAAGCAGUUUCCAGCUGGAAGUGGGCGUGCUGAGCCAUCUCCUGAGGGCCCAGGCCCAGAUUUCCGAGUGGAAGUUCCUGCCUUCCCUGGUGACCUUGCACAACGCUCACACGAAGCUGCAGAGCUGGGGCCAGACCUUUGAGAAGCAGCGGGAGACCAAGAAGCACCUGUUUGGAGGGCAGUCGCAGAAGGCCGCUCAGCCCCCACACCUCUUCCUUUGGUUGAUGAAACUCAAAACCAUGCUCCUGGCUAAGUUUAGCUUUUACUUCCACGAGGCCCUGAGCCGACAGACGACCGCUUCAGAAAUGAAAGCGCUGACGGCUAAGGCUAACCCAGACCUCUUUGGGAAGAUCUCCAGUUUCAUCAGGAAGUACGAUGCUGCCAAUGUGUCCUUAAUUUUUGACAACAGAGGCUCAGAGAGCUUUCAGGGUCAUGGCUACCAUCACCCACAUUCCUACCGAGAGGCCCCUAAGGGAGUGGACCAGUACCCAGCCGUAGUGUCUCUGCCCAGUGACAGGCCUGUCAUGCACUGGCCCAAUGUCAUUAUGAUCAUGACAGACCGGACAUCCGACCUGAACAGCUUGGAGAAAGUGGUCCACUUCUAUGACGACAAAGUCCAGAGCACCUACUUCCUGACCCGCCCAGAGCCCCACUUCACCAUCGUUGUCAUUUUUGAGUCAAAGAAAUCCGAGAGAGACUCCCAUUUUAUUUCCUUCCUCAAUGAACUCUCCCUUGCCCUUAAGAACCCCAAAGUGUUUGCAAGUCUGAAACCUGGAUCCAAAGGUUAGCAGGAGCUUGCUCAAGGAUUCUCAAGACUGGAUACAGUGUUCUUAGUUGCCCUGAGGGGCAACAGUGGUUUGUGACUAGAACUUGUGUUCACACACGCUUCUUUCCGAACUGAGCUAAAGACAGCUCCUCCCUAAUCAUGUUGCACACUUCAUGAGCAAUGAAGACCAAGAAUGGAAUCUCCAAAGAGUCGUCUAGGAAGUGCCAUGGCUACUGUGUAUCCCCAUUUCCUGGUUUUCCUGUCUCUCGUGUAGAUGGAAUAGUUAUCUAUCUUUCGUGUA